ACAUAAACUUCAGUUGAGGCGAGUGAAGAAGGAAGGGGCGAUUGGCCGGAAGAAAACUAACAGCUCGGUGGAACGCAAAUUAGGGAGGAGAGGGUCGCCAAGAUCGGAAAACAAAGGAGAGGGUCGCAAGAAAUCUGAUUUCAAGCUUCAAAAUCAACCUCGAUUAGCACUAAUUUGAAGAUGGAUCCCGUAGUUUACCAUCCCGGCCCAAUCGAUGACAGCUUGUUGACAUUGCAGACGGAUCACAGGUCUGAGGCGGUGUGGAACAUGAGAGAGCCACCGGAGGAUUUGGUAGUGAGGGGAAACUUCGGUGAUUAUUGGAACACAGUUAAAAAUCACCGGCCGCAUGUCUCGAUAGUGGCUGCCAUCACGGCCGCGGGUUUUGGAUGGAUUUUCAGGCUGGGGAAGGUCAGGCAUGACAGGGGGUGAUCACAGCCUUCAUUGAGAGGUGGCGUCCAGAGACGCACACUUUCCACUUUUCAUUUGGCGAGGCCACCAUCACACUGUAGGAUGUUCAUCACAUUCUCGGCUUACGGACCACUGGCCGACCACUUAUCCUGCACGGGUACACCUCCAGUCCAGCUCAGAAGGUGGCUUUGGUACGAGAUUUACUUGGACUGGCUCCUGACACCGCUGAUUUGAGGAAGGACAAUUUGAAGAUCCGGUGGUUGAUUACACACUUUGGCAGAUGUCACCGGUUGGACGAGUUGGCUGGUGAUUUUGGUGCGCAGUCUAUCAUUCACAUUAGGGCGCACCUACUUUGUGUGAUCGGAUCGUUGUUUCCACAUGCCAGCGGGAACUCUGUGCCGCUAAGCCUUCUUCGGUUACUAGAUGACCUGGAGAGCCUGGGUGGUUAUAGUUGGGGUAGUGCUGUUCUUUCCUACACAUACAGGAAGAUGUGUGAUGCGAGCAGAGGAGUCAAAGACUUCACUGGGUAUGCCACAUUACUUCAGGUGUGGAUAUACGAGCGGUUCCUUACGAUAGCUCCACAUCUCAGGUCUCAACCCCAGUUCACUUACCCAAUUGCGCUUAUGUGGGUGGCUUCAGUGACCCGUACUCAGGUGCCGGACGCUCAGAGUCGUAUGACCCGGUACGAGUUGGAUAACAUGGGUGUGGAACAGUUUUUGUGGUGGACGUAUGCAUAUUUAGCUGAUGAGUUUCAGCCCGAGCAGACAUUGUACUUGCGGUGGACAGCUCCCACCCCUUUGAUGUACAUGGCAUAUGUGGAGUGGUGUUAUACUGACAGGGUCACGAGGCAGUUUGGGUUCGUUCAGGACAUACCCACAUCCUCCCCACGUAGGAAUCAUCAGGACUUGCACGACGUCGUCAACGAGUCCAUUGACUGGCAGGGCGCCAGGGAGACAUACAUUCAUUACUGGGAUACGUCCCUUACCCGAGCUAUGACAUCUCCGCCAUUCAUUUUGGGCAAUGGUUGCUCUCCCGCAUACAUGCCUUGGUACCUCCAGGUUACACGUAGAUACAUGGUUAACCCAUUGUUCUGGCGUAGAGCGGAUGCUUUUCAGGGGACACAGGGCGCCACACAGUCAUUGGAGGAGCAGCUUCUAGAGGUGGACUCUGCCAUUGACCCUGCUGCUCCCGAUCUCAAUCGGGCACAGAGUCUGCUACAGGGGGUGAUUGCUAGUGUCAGGGGUCACGGAGGCCCUCCGACACGCAGAGGUCGGCGUCCUGUCACACCAGUUGAGCCGGAGCCUGGCACUUACUACACUCAUGUGGGCAGUAGUAGCUGGUCGCACCAUGUUGGCACCUCUACUGCGCCAGAUAGGGAUGCACGGGCUCCUUCAGGGGCGGGGGAAUGGCCCCGUUGGACCGAGGUGGCAACUGAGACUGCAGGGGAUGACUACAUGGUGGUGAAGGUGGUUUUGCGGUGAAUUUAGGGGAUGACGAGGACACCUCUCCUAGUGGUGGGCACACACAUGUUUCUCCUCCACUUCAGGAGUCAUACCAGUUUGCUUAUCGAGAUGUUUAUCGUCCUGACAUGUCAUUCCUGACCGAUCAGUACACCACACCUCCGCUACAGGCCCCGGUCCCGUCAUUUGGUAGCCCCUCCUACGUGUUCGGGGCACCUGCGUUUCCAGUUACACCGGCAGGGGUGAGGUCCAUUCCUACUCCUGUACAUAUGCAUAGUUUUGGUGCGUACGCUGGUGAGAGUAGCCCGUGGGCAGUACGAGAUCAGUCGGAACCCGAGGGGCCGUCCCAGCCUGAGCAGAGACAGCAGCCACCCAGAGAUGCAAAGGGGAAGGGCAGGAGAUGUCACACGGGCAACCAUAUCUUCGGGCAUAAGAAGAAGUAGUUUAUGUCUUUUGAGUUUAUGUAUUUUCAGUUUGUAGUUGCGUUGUUUGCUUAUGUAUGUUUAUUUGGUACUUGUUGCUUAUGUAUGAACACUUGGUAGUUGUUGCUGCUUUUCAGUUUAGGUGUCAUUAUGUAUGUAAACAUUAUUGCAUAA